AGAACAGCCACCAUUGCUCGUAUAGAGUUGGUCGAGAAAUGGGGGCUGACGCCUGUCCUCAGGCCGAGGCAGGAAUGCCCCCGGGCCCAAGAAGAAGGAGAAGAGCAAAGGUCAUUACCAAAAUUAUACAACCCCGACGAGGAACAGACUCGACCACCCCAGGGGGGAGUGGUGACAUUCGAACCAAUACAACACGAUCACGACUUUUGCGAGAGAAUCGUAAUCAACGUGAGCGGCCUUAAGUUCGAAACCCAACUACGUACCCUCAACCAGUUCCCUGAAACCCUUCUCGGGGAUCCCACUCGGCGCAUACGAUACUUUGACCCCUUAAGGAACGAAUACUUCUUCGACAGAAACAGGCCAUCUUUCGACGCCAUCCUGUAUUACUAUCAAAGUGGAGGACGUUUGCGACGCCCCGUAAACGUACCUCUGGACGUGUUCUCUGAAGAAAUUAAAUUCUACGAACUGGGUGAACAAGCCACCAACAAAUUCCGGGAGGACGAAGGAUUCAUCAAGGAGGAGGAGAAGCCCCUGCCCGCCAAUGAGCGCCAGCGCAAAAUCUGGCUGCUCUUCGAGUAUCCCGAGAGCUCCCAGGCGGCGCGAGUUGUGGCCAUCAUCUCCGUUUUCGUGAUCCUUCUUUCCAUUGUCAUCUUCUGCCUGGAGACCCUGCCGGAGUUCAAGCACUACAAAGUCUUCAACACCACCACCAACGGCACCAAGAUCGAAGAGGACGAAGUACCCGAUAUCACCGAUCCCUUCUUCCUCAUCGAGACUUUGUGCAUCAUUUGGUUCACGUUCGAGUUGAUAGUGCGGUUCCUGGCUUGUCCGAACAAGUUUAAUUUCUUCAGAGACGUCAUGAAUAUAAUAGACAUCAUCGCUAUUAUCCCCUACUUCAUCACCCUUGCUACUGUUGUUGCCGAAGAAGAGGACACCUUAAACUUGCCACGGGCGCCCGUCUCACCACAAGACAAGUCCACCAACCAAGCUAUGAGUCUCGCAAUACUCCGUGUGAUUCGCCUGGUGCGAGUCUUCAGGAUCUUCAAACUAUCUCGCCACUCCAAGGGUCUUCAGAUCCUUGGACGGACUCUCAAGGCAUCUAUGCGGGAACUCGGACUUCUAAUAUUCUUCUUGUUCAUCGGUGUGGUGCUGUUUUCCUCCGCGGUGUACUUCGCUGAAGCCGGAAGCGAGAACAGCUUCUUCAAAUCCAUACCAGAUGCGUUUUGGUGGGCGGUGGUGACUAUGACGACCGUAGGAUACGGAGACAUGACGCCUGUUGGUGUAUGGGGCAAGAUCGUGGGGUCGCUGUGUGCUAUCGCUGGCGUACUCACCAUUGCCCUGCCCGUUCCGGUCAUCGUGUCCAACUUCAAUUACUUCUAUCACCGGGAGACUGAUCAAGAGGAAAUGCAGUCACAAAACUUCAACCAUGUCACCAGCUGCCCCUAUUUGCCUGGUACUAUGGGGGAGCCUUACCUGAUUUCAGGGCCGAUCAAAAAGAAGUCUUCGGUGAGUGAAGAGUCAUCUUCGGAUAUGAUGGAACUGGACGAGAGUGCACUGGUGGCGGACUCGCAGCUGGAGGAGAACCUGACGCGUCUUCGCGAGGAGGAGCGCCUGCUGCUCGAGCAGCAAGCCGCCAUGGAGGCCGGCAACACCGACGACAUCGCUGCACUCGAACACCAAGAUGCCAUACGUUACAACCAGCUGCAGCAGCUGCAAGUGCUUAAACAGCAGAAGGCGCAGGCGCAGUGGCUGGCGCGGCAGCAGUCGCAAGCUCAAGGCCAAGCCCAGGGUCAAGCUCAAGGCCAAGCUGAGGGCCAGGCCCAAUGUCAGGCUGCUGGUCAGUGCCACAGACCGGCCAUUUGCCCAGCGCCGGGUCAGGUGCAGUCUCAGGCUUCUUCUGAGCGUUCCCUGGGCGCUCGGCCCCGCGACACACGCGACAAUCACGACACUCGCGACAUCUGCGAGUACCGCGAGUGCCGCGAGCUGCGUGAGGGCCCGCGCCGUCGCGCCGCGUGCACCGUGCGCGUCAACAACUUGCACUCAGCUACCACCGCCACCGCCGCAGCUGCCGCGGCAGACGCCAUCGAGACAGAUGUCUGACCAUUAGUUUCUGUUCAAAUCCAUCAUUACUCGGGACAUUAGAGGAGUAAGUCAAAAAAAUUAUUAAGAAUGCAUGUCCCCUAAUGCUGUCGUUUCACACAGAUCUAUAAUAGAAUACAACUGCUGUGAUUUAUGUGAAACGUCAGGCGCGAGAGCCGCCCGCCUCGCUGAAAAAGAUUUUAAUUAUCCUAACGAUGACUGAACGAAUUCGUUAGCACAAUCUAUUGGCAAACAAAGACGACCGGGCCCGCGGGCUCUCGUACGAUCCUGACCUCAGCUCAAUGUUGUCCA